UGCAGCUCUGCGUGGUGAAUGAUUGAGAGGGAGAGGGAGGGCCAGAGCAAGCGAGGUCGAGUGUGAAGUAAGAUUUUGGAAAGCUCUCUGGAAGUUUUAGGCCUUGCGUGGAUCGAACCUGGAUUGAUGAGGAAUUAGGAGUUUUGCGGGUGUUUUGUGUAGAUAUUUGGUUUGCGCGUGGCCAGGGAUCGAAUCCGGCAGUGGAUUUGGCGCUUUCGUGGCGAGAAUUGAGAAGGAACAUACGUUGCGGGUUCGAGCUCCCUUCAGUCGAAAACAAUUGUAGAUCUUUUCAGAUUAUAACGCCUGAUUGUGAGCUCAUGAUUUUCGCUGCAGAUUUAGCGUGAAUCGAAGAAAGUGCGUCUUUGGAUUGAAGUCUUGCUGAAAUAGGAAGAGAAUUGAAGAAUAUUCCAGGUGUAAUGGUGAUGGAAGGAAUUGUGCUCGGGGAAAUGAUUUCUUCCGGAGGCAGGCGUAGGUUGAUCAGAUAAAGUAUCUUUAAGUGUGAUGUUUGAAUUUUUGUCCGACAGGGACGUUUUUGAAACAGCUGAGCCAGAUAAUACGGUCCAAUUUGUCCGUCUUUGUGAGAAUUUGAAGCAGAAUGCGCUUUAAUUUAGUUGUGUUGGUGGCUUAUGGUUGCUAAUGUUGGCCAGUGUUUGCAAAGCGUAGCCAAAUUUUCAUACUAGAAUGUUUUUCUUUUUAAAGUAGUUUUUACUGUAACGGGAUUAUCAGAACGAGUCUCCAAAAUCGAGUAGAAAGGAGUUUUGAAGCUUGAAGGCUCAUAGAAUUGCAGUAAACACAAACUAUUUCAAAGCUGUAGACUGCUUUGCGCUAAUUGCGCUCAAGGUUGUUGGCUUUAGAGAAGAAACAUGAAAUGGCUUUGUCUUCUCGGCUCAAUGUAACAACGCUAGGAGGUUCGAAGGAAUUAGCAGCAGCAUCAGAAUCAGUGUAUAUUUCGUCGCCCGGUCUCCGAUCCGCAGAUCUCUCGUAUUCCGUGCCGAUAAAUCCAUAUUCUUCUUCGUUCCACGACUUGAGAACAUCUCCCCCUAACAGGCGCUUGAUGGAGCUUCCGCAACCUCAACACUCUUCUGAAGGAUCGAAAACACCUCACGACUUCCUUUCAUUAUACGGGAGCUCCAACUCUUUAAAUAGAGCAGCAGAACACAGAUCUAACCAAGGACUUUCCACCACAUAUCUUACAACGCAGGAUUUCUUACAACCCCUUGAAAGGGGUGGGAGGACUAGUAAUAAUAAUAACAGCCGGGGUUCAGAGGUUUCAUCCGCUGAGGGUUCUGCUGCCACGUCGACCUCCUCUGUUGAGCAUGUUCUUCCGGGCGGUAUUGGUACUUACAGCAUAAGCCACAUUUCGGCUUAUGGACAGAGCAAUGGCAAAUCUGAAGCCGGUCCUCCUCCGCCUCCUUCUCCCAUGGUUCAUGUCAAUGCAACGGAAGCCAAACCAGAAAUUGCAGCCAGGGUUACAUCUGCUAUGAACAAUUAUGGUGUAGGAGGAGGACCGGCAUUCGCAUUGUGGGAAGAACGUGUUCGUGUUCCAGAGGGGAAUCGAACCACUGACCCGCAUGCCAAAAGUGAUGCAGCUAAAGAUUAUGGGUAUUGGCCAGCUGCUAGAUCAAAAACAGACUUGUUCCUUGCCAAGAAUGCAUUCAGUCUCAACUCGGUUGAUGUCAUUCAACAGCCAAUUCCUUCCUCAAGCAAACAGCGGCCGCAAACAGGGCAAGGUUUUGUUGAGAUGAUGAAGUCCAUGAAACCAAUUUCAGAAGAUGAUGAAGAUGAAGAUGAUGAGUAUGUGGAUCGAAAUCGAGAGAAUCGGAAGGAAAUUUUGUCUCACAAAGGUGAAGCACCAUCAAAGGUAGAUGGAAAAAGCAAUGAUCAGAGAGCCAACACUCCCAGGUCCAAGCACUCUGCAACUGAGCAGCGCAGACGGAGCAAGAUCAAUGAUAGGUUUCAGACAUUAAGAGAUUUGGUGCCGCACAGUGAUCAAAAGAGAGACAAAGCAUCCUUUCUUCUUGAGGUUAUUGAAUACAUUCAAUCUUUACAAGAAAAGGUCCGAAAGUAUGAGGCAACAGAGCAAAGCUGGAACCAGGAAAGAAUGAAAACUAUGGUCUGGGAUUUAUGCAAGAAAAGCCCAGUCCAUGGAGAAUUGCCUGUGGAUGGCUGUCGAACUAUUGCUAGUGCUGUUUUAGAUUCAAAACAAAACAGUGAAGUUGCUGAACCAAACAAGCCCAGAACUCCAAAUGCAACAAUGCAUGAUGAAAUGAACACUGCGGGUACAGCUAUGCACCCAAAUUCCCAGAGUCUGAUGCAGACUAACAAGUCAACUCAACUUAGCCCUGGCUGUCAAACGUACAGAGAAAAGGAAAAUUCUGGGGUUUUCAACAAGCCGGUUCCCCUUACUCUUUCCAUGCAACAAUCUAUGUACUCUCCAUUUGGAAGGAACUUGACACAUUCUGUUCAUCCUAAGACACAGGCAGUGUCUGAAAUUCACUCUUUACCGACUGUUCCAGGUAUAACAUCUGGCUGUAUGGCAGUUAAUGCCUUCACUUUUGACAGGGAAAAAGAUGGAAAUUCUACAGCAUCUGUCCUUCUGCCGCGUUUUCAAGAAAAUACUGUUAAUGUGGCAAAAACUAUGAGUGGACUUGAAACUCAGUGGUCCGAGCGAAGGUCAUCUCAACCAUCUUCAAUCCCACAAGAUUCUGGCCAGAAUGGAGGGAUACCAGUGAAAGAUGAAAAUUUAGAUACAAAGUCAGCAUGUAAGCCAGAUCAGUAUUCAAAUAUAUGUCUUAAUAACAGGUUAUCUCAAUCUGUGUCUCAAUCAGAAGCUGAACUAGCAAGUAGGCAGCUGCAGCCACAAUCAUCUUCUCCUGACCAACAUAGGGUGAAUGAAUCUCAACUGCCUGCCAAUGAACAGGAGCAACUUGUGAUUCAAGGUGGUGUCAUAAAUGUUUCAAGUGUUUACUCCCAAGGGCUGUUGGAUACUUUAACGCAAGCAUUGCGGAGUUCAGGUUUGGAUCUUUCACAAGCAAACAUAUCAGUGCAGAUUGACCUUGGUAGGCAGAGUGGAACAGUUGGGGUUACAACUAAUGCCAAGGAGCACAGUCACAAUCAAGAGGAGUCCUCACAAAAUCAUCAAUUACAAGGGCAAGUAAGGGCUGCAGAACAAACUUCAGAAUGUGAACCGCCACAUAAAAGGCCAAAGAUCGAGAGAGACCUGUAGUUAACCGCAACAUAUGAUUGAACUACAAUGUUGUGAACCAUAUUCUCUUAACAUACUUAGUGUCAUUCUGUUAUGCCAAAGGGAGGAUUUUUACUUCUAAAAACUUUAUUUAAACUCAAAAUUUGAGAAAGGAAGGUCCUAAGUCCUUUCCUUUGUGAAAUAUAGUGUACGGAUGCAGUGUAGAUUAGAGGCAGAUUUUAAGCUUGUUACCAUAAGCUCAUUUUCCAUUGUGUGACAUAUGAGAACAAAUUAGAGAGAAUUUUCAAGAUUGCUUUUACGUUUCACCUCUCUAAAUCCAUUACCAACAGUUCUCAAACAACUUUCACCUUAAGGAUCUAUAAUUUAUUUAACGUGUGCCUAUAGGGUUGUGACCAUCUGGAGCAAAGUUACUGUAUGCAUGCUGGAAAGCAUAACAUGCAUUUCAGAAGAAUUGUACAGCCUCUCUUUGGUCUUGGGUUUGUCUGGUCUGCUACAGACCUAAAACUGCUGUAAAUUAUUCUUUGAUUGGUGAUUUAUGUAUUUACCCACGGCAAUAAGUUAUAGUCUGUAAAAGAACUUUGUAACUAUCUGUUCAUGCAUAUUCCAUGGGCAUUGCAGGUGAGAACAUCUCAAAUUCGCUUUCAUCCAUAUUACAUGGAUAUGAACAGCCGAAGUAUGUACAUUUCUAGUUAAUGGAAUAAUUCAUUUCUUCUCA